AGAAGGACCGCAAAGCUCGAGGCCGGGUUGCUAACAAUAAUGACAUUCAGGACCAUAUCGUCCAUGCCCGAAACGGCAUUCCGUUUCCGAAAUGGGCCUGGAAAGGGCUGGAACCGACGGCGACAGGGCUAUACUGACGUGCAGCUGCAGAUCCAUCCCGGCGGCCUUUUUACUACGAUCCCUCUACUCCUGGAACCCAGGACACGUACGUAUUUGCAGACAUUUUGUCCUUUCGUAGUGGUCGUAUCAUCGUCUCCAACGCCAUACUGCAAUCCAUGCGUCUCACACCACGUCAGUAGAGAAGCAUCAACAUCAACGUUCGAGGCAAAAUAUUACAGCCACGGCCCUGGUCGCCUAUGCAGUAUACUACUAUGUAUGUACUAUGUAAUGUACCAUCACGCCAUGCAGCAUGCCGUCUGGCGCUCCACGGAGUCCACGCCCAUCGUAUGGGCGAAAGUGCCGUGACUGCAGGGGAACCCAUGCCGGAAGAGUACGCCGGAGCUCCCAACGCUCCCGAGACCUUGGAUUUUUUUGGACGACACUUGCAUGACACCAAAGAAGUUCCGAUUGUCGAUCAGACCCAGAGGAGCCACCCCUCCUCUGUCGUCCUCUUCGCCCGCUCAAAUGUCGGUGUAAACGUCAACCAUACGGCGGGCUGGAAUUCGCAAGCUUACUUUUGUUGUCUUAGUUGGAGCCAUGCGAUCGGACUGGACUGGCCUUGGUGGAGUUGUGCUAAUGUAGCUUGCAGACUCAACAACUCGCGUGUCGAAGCUACCUUGAUAACCCUAUUAGCCAUGGAUGGAUCCUAAUUCGCGACUCGGAAAACACGCCGGACCAUACAGAGCACAACUAUACACACUUGCC